ACAUACCAGAGCUUAAAUGCUCUACAGCCUUUGCCACUCACUGACGACACCCUCCCCCUCUUUCUCUCUUCUUUUCUGGUAUUAUUUCUCUCAGUCUGGCUCACUGUUGCUUCUGCUUUCACUAGGUGAAGUCCUAUUUUUUGCAAUAUUAGAAAGUUUGCUGUAAAUACUGUGGGACGUCUGCAAGUUGGCAAUCCUUUUUGUGGAGAUCCAGUCUUCCCCCUUGUGAACAGCCCAGCACAGUUUGGUGGUGGUUGAUAAGUGAAGAUGCUUCUCCCGUUGGCCGUGGUGAUAUGUCUGUCAGCUAUCCAGCUGUGCUUGGGAGAUCAGCCUGUGGAGGAAGUCGUCACAACAAAGAAAGUGCCUCUGCUGGGUGGUUGGUUUGAAAAGAGUAUAGACUCAACCGAGGUUCAGGAGGCAACUGAACAUGCUGUGAAGAUGUUCAACACCGAAUCCAAGAGCAAGAAGAUGUUCAAACUGGUCUCCAUCAACGCCGCUCAGAGUCAGGUGACCAAUGUGAUCAACUUUAAGAUCGACGCAGUCCUGGCAAAAACCAAGUGUCUUAAGACUGAAAACCAUGAGUUGAACAGCUGCAGUCUUGAGAAAAAGCAUGUGAAGUGCCACUUUGUCGUGACUUUCAACCCCCGCAACAACAAACAUGAGCUGCACACACAGAAGUGCAGGAAAAUUGUGGAUACGGUUUAACUUUUUUAACAGGGUUAAUUUUCCAUAGUUUGGCUCUAUGGCUUUGAUUACCUUAUUGCAUUUCGAUACAAUUUUGAUGUUUGUUUUUUUUCUGAAUACAAAUUUUGCAGCUGUUUUUAGGUUUGGUACAUGGACAACUUGUAACAAUGACACAUCAUGGUCUCAAUAAAAUUAGUUUUGAAAA